CAACAACCCCGGAGAGCGCAAGCAGCGACUUCAACCGCUGCAACUUUGCCCGUCGAUGAGCGCGUUUGAAGUGCCUUGUUGGUGAAGACAAGGGGGAUCGAGUCUCGAGUCUGCAGGUUUUCCCCCCUUUCUGCCAGUCCGAUCAAAAUGAAAUUCCUGAUUUGCGUGAUAGCAGUCGCCUUGGCCGUGGGAUCCGCGCACGGAGGUGUGGGGAAGUCUGACGAGCCGUGUGCAGGCCGGGACUGCGGCGCAGGAUGCCGGUGCAACCCGGAGAAAGGCAGCAGGGGUCGUCCAGGGGCUCUCGGUGAAGUCGGUCAGAGCGGACCAGAGGGGCCACGUGGGGGCCCGGGGCCUACAGGGCCUAAAGGAGAGAAGGGCCAUGUUGGCCUGAAAGGACCAUCUGGCCCCAAAGGAGACAAGGGACCUAUGGGAGUGCCAGGGUUCCAGGGAAAUGACGGAGUACCUGGUCACCCGGGUCAGGGCGGGAGCAGAGGACCACCAGGACUGGACGGAUGUAACGGGACCAGAGGCGAACCUGGAGAUCCCGGCUUCGGGAGUGGAGAACCUGGAAUCCCUGGAAUUUGUGGGCCUACCGGGCCAAAGGGUCAGAAAGGAGAGCCUCGAUUCAUCUCAAACGGCAUCACGAGUAUACCAGGUAUACCAGGAGUGGACGGUUUUCCUGGUAUCAGAGGUCCUGAUGGUCCACCUGGUUUCCCCGGUCCGAGAGGGCCGGAGGGAUUCUCCGGUCUGCCUGGUCCUCCCGGCCCCCCGGGGCCAAUGGGGAGCCGUAGUGACGGAUAUGAAGGAGAGAAAGGAGACAAGGGCGACUCGGGUCUUCCCGGACCCAGCGGAACUCCCGGCGACGGGUCGCUAAGAAGCGAACAAACUCUCACUAUCUACAAAGGAGAUAAGGGUGAACCUGGCCGAAAGGGAUUCAGAGGAUUCACUGGCAAUCCUGGACAACCUGGACUAUUCGGCUAUCGUGGUGAACUUGGAGAGAAAGGCAUUCCUGGAUACCCCGGGGCAAGAGGUCCCCCUGGCUUUAACGGGCCUCCUGGAGCUCCAGGACAACAGGGAUUAAUAGGUAAUCCAGGUUUCCCCGGGCAACAAGGAUACAUAGGACCCAAGGGAGACCAGGGCGACCCAGGACCACCUGGACCUCCGGUUUACCUUUCUAAUCUGGGCACUUUAGUUCAAGGACCAACAGGUGACCCGGGUCUCAACGGCCUCCCCGGUGCCCCCGGUGACCAGGGAUUUCAAGGAAACCCAGGACCACCAGGCCAGCCAGGGAUUGUUGGAUUUGGUACAGGUCGUCCUGGAGCUCCAGGUUUCCCCGGCAACAGCGGCCCAAAGGGAGAGAAAGGAAACCCAGGCAUACAAGCGUAUGGGUCGGAAGGAAUCCCUGGCUCCCCUGGACUCCCCGGCCCCCCCGGCCCUCCUGGACCUCGGGGCCCGUCUAAUGUACCCUACAGUGUUCCUGGAGUGCCUGGGCUGCCUGGUCCCAGAGGACAGCCGGGUAACAGAGGAUACGAUGGCUACAGAGGUGAUCCUGGCGACUGUGCCUGCAUAGGAGGAGGCACCUCAGGGUUGCCUGGGUUACCUGGACCCCCGGGACCCAACGGCAACCCCGGCUUUCCGGGACGAAAGGGCGAGGCUGGUGACAGCGGUCCACCGGGCUUUAAUGGCGGUCAGGGACCUCGUGGUCGCGCUGGUGAGUCCGGUUUCUUCGGGCGUAAAGGAGAGAAGGGGGCGCCUUUCUUCUCCGACCGUUUUGGGGUGAAAGGAGAGCUCGGAGCUACUGGACCCAGAGGACCUACCGGGGAAACGGGAAAGCCUGGCAGAGACGGACUGCCGGGCUUCUCCGGAACCCCUGGACCCCCAGGUGACGCUGGCUUCGGCACAGUUGGAGAGAAAGGUUUCCCAGGGUUCCCGGGGCCAAAGGGUCGUCCCGGUGGCCCCGGCGAUCCCGGCAUCGGCUACGCCGGCUUGCCUGGCUUUCGUGGAGAGCCUGGAGACCCCGGUAUCCCUGGGUUGCCAGGGCCACCAGGUUCACCCGGACUUAACGGUGAAAACAGCUGUGAAGGGGUUAAUGACGCCGGAGAGGGAACGGGCGAAGCUCUACCUUGCACCAUACCUGGGGAGGAAGGAAACCCCGGUGUCCCCGGUAUACCUGGACGACCAGGUCCUAAAGGUCAACCCGGUAACCCAGGAGUCCCUGGACGUCCCGGGUUUGACGGUGCCAAAGGAGAGAGAGGAGACUCCGGUUUUGGAGGCCAACCUGGACCACAAGGUUUCCCGGGACCCAGAGGUGAUCCUGGAUUUCCAGGUGCUCCUGGACAGAGUUUUGACGGACCCAAGGGAAAGGAUGGCACCCCUGGGCGUCCUGGAGCCAAGGGCCAGCCUGGAGAGGUAUUGGGAACCACACCCGGUGGCCCAGGACGGGACGGGGCACCAGGUAUCCCUGGAGACAAGGGCCAGCCCGGGACGCCAGGACAACCUGGAUUACCUGGUGCUGACGGACGUUUCGGUGUUCCUGGGCUGAAGGGGGAGCGCGGAGUUGACGGUGUUCCUGGUCUUACCGGCCUUCCCGGACUUCCAGGCGAUGCGGCUUUUGGCAUUCCCGGUCGGCGUGGACCUCCUGGCAACAGCGGACUGAGCGGAUCACCAGGCUGCCAAGGUUACCCCGGUCGGAAGGGAGAUAGAGGAGACCCAGGGUUCCCAGGACCGGCCGGAAUGAAAGGAACCCCAGGACUGCCCGGCACCAAUGGAUCACCAGGGCCCAGGGGACCACCGGGGCCGCCAGGACCAGGAACUAGAGAGGGAAUCCCAGGAAUACCAGGAAGGAAGGGUGAGAGAGGUUUGCCUGGACUGGUGGGUUUCCCUGGAGUACCAGGUCGUCCUGGAAGCCCAGGGUCUCCUGGAGGCAAAGGACUGGAUGGAGGGCCCGGAAGAGACGGACGCCCCGGUGGUCCUGGAUUCCCCGGGCUGAAAGGUGACAGAGGAUACCCUGGUCUCCCUGGCUCGCCCGGUCGUGUUGAUCCAUCAAAUUUUCCAAAAGGAGAACCAGGAACCCCCGGAGCCAAUGGUCUUCCUGGCUUCCCCGGACCCAGAGGUGACAAGGGUCUGCCAGGUCAGCCUGGUCGUCCGGGUCUGCCUGGACUUCCUGGUUACGCAGAGCAGAGCAAAGGACAGCCGGGAGAUCCUGGGUUCCCCGGGCGACCAGGAUCGCCAGGCUUCCCCGGAACGAAGGGAGAAGCUGGAAUUAUGGGAUUCCCCGGCAUGUCUGGACCAAGGGGUGAUGAUGGCAUACCUGGUUUACCCGGCAACCCUGGAGAAUUUGGUCGGCCCGGUGGCAAAGGUGCACCCGGAGAAAGUUACGGUUAUCCUGGAGCUCCAGGAGCUAAAGGCCAGCCAGGAGAUUCAGGCUUCCCAGGUGGCCGUGGCUACGAUGGCGCCCCCGGUGACGUUGGCUUUCCAGGAAGUCCAGGUUUCCCUGGAGUGAAGGGAGCUCCUGGUGAGGGAGGACGGCCUGGAUUAAUGGGCUCCCCUGGUUUCCCCGGGCCCAAGGGCCUGUCCAACUACCCAGGAAGAAGAGGAGCAGAUGGGCCUCCUGGUCAGCCUGGAGGUCCUGGCGGUCCCGGAGCCAAAGGUUUGCCUGGAUCCCCUGGUUUGGAUGGACUUAAUGGCCUUGCUGGACCUAAAGGCCUCCCUGGAACCCCAGGUGGGAGUGUUGGCGGUCGCCCAGGAGCCUCUGGUGCUCCAGGUGUGAAGGGAGAGAGAGGAGUCUCGUACCCCGGAGCUCCAGGCUUCCCGGGGCCGAAGGGAGAGAGAGGAAAUACAGGUGGUCCUGGACUUGUAGGGUUCCCUGGUCUGCCCGGACCUCCAGGUCCGACUGUUGGGUCGGAUGUUCCCGGACCUUUGGGAGACCCCGGCCUCCCUGGACUGGACGGAGAGUAUGGUUUACAAGGUCCUCCAGGUCCUCCCGGGCCUCCUGGUCCAGGCACAGCCCAGGGAGACAGAGGUGACUCUGGGCUCCCGGGCUUCCCUGGCUCCCCCGGCAGGAAAGGAGAAUCCGGCAUCCCCGGAGGCGCCGGACUCCCCGGCAGCCCCGGUUUCAAAGGAGGACGAGGUGAGAGUGGCUACAGCGGUGGUCCUGGUGCCAAGGGUUUCCCCGGUGACACUGGUUACUACGGAAACAAAGGACCCAAGGGAGUACGAGGUCAACGUGGGCGUAAGGGCGUCCCUGGAGUGGCGCUGCCUCCACCCCCAACCCCCGACUUUGACCCACGCUUUGGAGAUGUGGGUUUUCCCGGUGAAAGGGGCAGCUCCGGUGUCCCCGGAGAAUCCGGUCAGCCAGGAAGGCCCGGACGUCCAGGUCCCAAGGGUCGUCCCGGUCCCGUAGGUAAACUUGGCAGGACUGGAUCUGUUGGUCUUCCCGGACCUGUCGGUGACGCCGGACCCCCCGGCUUCCUCGGACCCACUGGGGAACAAGGUCUCCCUGGUCAGGCCGGUCGUCGCGGGGCUCCCGGCAGCGUGGGCCGCAGUUCCAGCAUCGGCUACACUCUGGUGAAGCACAGCCAGAACUCCCAGGUUCCCAUGUGUCCUCAGGGCAUGGCCAAGCUGUGGGACGGGUACAGUCUGCUGUACGUGGAGGGACAGGAGAAGGCUCACAACCAGGACCUUGGUCAGCCGGGGUCAUGCCUCCCCAGGUUCAGCACCAUCCCCUUCCUCUACUGCUCCCCCAACGAGAUCUGCUACUACGCCAGCCGCAACGACAAAUCCUACUGGCUCUCCACCACUGCACCCAUACCCAUGAUGCCUGUGGCCGAGGAGCAGAUUCAACCUUACAUCAGCAGGUGUUCUGUGUGUGAAGCUCCCUCUCAGCCCGUGGCGGUCCACAGUCAGGACAUGACCAUCCCCACCUGUCCUCCCGGCUGGAGGAGUCUCUGGAUAGGAUACUCCUUCCUCAUGCACACGGCAGCCGGCGCCGAGGGCGGCGGUCAGUCCCUGCAGUCUCCCGGCUCCUGCCUGGAGGAUUUCCGCGCAACGCCGUUCAUCGAGUGCAACGGGGGCAAGGGCACCUGCCACUACUUCGCCAACAAGUACAGCUUCUGGCUCACCACCGUGGACCCUCGCCAGGAGUUUGUUUACUCGCCAGCACAGGAGACCCUGAAGGGAGGCCAGGAGCGCUCCCGAGUCAGCCGCUGCCAAGUCUGCAGCAAGAUCUUGUAAUAGGAGGAGGAGGAGGAGGAGGUGAUAUAUCAACACCUCACAGGAAAUAAAAAAGAGAGGUGUUGAUGAUUGAGGAUGAGAUGAUUUUUAUAAAAGAAAUCUAUAGAAGAACACUGACUGAAAAUGAGCCCCUAGCCUGCGUCUCCGAUGGUUUCAGAAUCGAGUCGAACAACAAAUCGACUCAGUUUUUUGAGUUUUUGAUCCCUUUUUAGGAAUGAAUGGCUUAUUAAAAAACAAAAACAAAAAAGAAGAGUUGGAGGGAGGAAAUGCAAAGAGGAGGGGUCCAGCGGGAUUGCCCUUCUUUAGAUUAUCACUGACAAUGGUGCUAUUGUUUAUGUUUAUUUUGUGUCUCGUUGCGUUUUUCUUUUGUUUUGUUUUGGCGAGAAGCAUUCUCGGCUACCUCAGAGAGUGCCACCCCGCUUUGGACAGCACUGCACCGCCUACGCAUCAGCACGCAUCCGCACACAUCUGGGCGGCUGCUUCAGAUACGUCAGUUCAGACAGUAGAGUCAAACAUGGGUCUAAAGUCUUCACUUCUGUGAACUGAUCUAUCUGAAGUAGAAGCACCUGAUUCUGGUUUAAACGCACGUUUUAGUGAAAUGGCCGCCUCAAAACUUUGCUUCUCUUGUAUUGACUGCCCGCUACAACCACUUUAUAACCGCAGUGACGUUACAGGUAAUGUUACGUUAAAAGCUGCAUCCUGUUUUGCAAGUGACUGCAUUGGUUAUCAUUUCAUAACGGUAUGGAAAUCUAGUUGCUGACAUUUUAGUCUGCUUGAAGUAAAGGACAAUUCCGGCGCAAAAUAAACCCAAGGGGUCCAAGUGUAUACCAAGUCGACCGUUCUCUGGGUCAUGUUUUCAUGCUAAUCGAAUGUGUGUUUAGCUUGAAACAAGCUAGCGCAAACAGCUGAUUAGCUGCUUAUAAUAAUCUAUCUUUUUAAUAAACUGUCUGUACACUUACAAAGUUCUUAAUGCUUCGGUUUACACGUAGG